AUGGCAAUGAUUCCUAUAAAAGUCAUUAAUACGAACAAUCGCUUUGAAAUGGACGCCAAAGAAUUGAAAUCAACUAUAAAAAGGGAUAUAGCUGAAGGACUUAUUCCAAUAUUUGUAUUUUGCACCCUUGGAACUGAAUCUUGUUGUUCCUACGACCCUUUAAACGAAAUUGGUCCAAUAUGUGAAAAAUACAAAAUAUACCUCCACGUUGAUGCAGCUUACGCGGGGAAUGCUUGUAUAUGUCCUGAGUUUCGACACAUUUUGGAAGGCAUCGAGUAUGCCAACUCUUUCUCCACGGACCCUUCCAAGUGGUUACCAGUAAAUUUUGAUUGUUGUUGCUUUUGGGUGAAAAAUAAACAUCAUCUUACCCAAUCAAUGGCUGUCGAUCCCCUAUAUCUGCAGCAUGCCUUUUCUGACGAAGUGAUAGACUAUCGCCAUUGGAGUAUUACUCUUUCCCGCCGUUUUCGAUCUCUAAAACUGUGGUUCGUCAUUAGGCAUUAUGGAAUCGAAGGCCUCCAGAAGCACAUCAGAAAUCACAUUCGUUUGGCAAAGUUGUUUGAAAAAUUUGUCCAAGAGGAUAAAAGAUUUACUGUUGAGAAUAAAGUCACAACAGGUUUAGUAUGCUUCCGACUGGAAGCUUCAAAUGAAAUGAAUAAGAAAUUAUUAUUUUCCAUCAAUGAUUCAGGUAAACUCUAUAUGGUAUCAGCAAUGCUUGAGGACAAAUAUGUUAUUCGUUUCGUAAUUUGCUCUCCCGAAGCUUCUGAAAAUGAUAUUGGAACUGCCUGGGAAGUUAUUACGUCAUAUGCUAAUAAGCUGAGAAAAGACGAAGUUGACGAACCUCUAACAAGAUUUGCUUUGAAACAUUGUCAAGAAAUGUUUGCUAAGUCUUUAAGCAUCAGACAUGUGUUGGAAGAAAAAUUAGACGAAGAAAUACUUCAGUAA